UCAUCACCAUUCUAUGGCAUGGCGGCUGUUUUCAAACAACAUACUAUUUCAUUUAUGGCAUAAGUUUUCGCUGGGUUGCUCUAAAUCAACACAGACAUGCCUGAAGAACGUUAUUUGAUUGUUGUUUCCAUACUGGCAGGUCGGAGUUUCCCCAAAAGGCCCCACCAUAAAUUGAUAAUAGAUGCUAAAUUUGAUGGCGAACUUCUCUCGACUGAUCCUGUUAAUCAUACUAGCAAGCCAAGUAUAACACAAGAGUUGGCAUGGCAAUUAACCAAAAAAGGACUUCAGCAACAUCGCUUACACCGCAGUUCCAUGAAAAUUCAGUGUUAUGCUUAUGAUACCCAAAGUACAGUGAAAGAGAUGAUUGGCUAUGUUCUACUUGAUUUUCGAGCUGCUACCAUGAAGCAGGCAUCAAAGUGGUAUCCUCUACUUCACUGCAAAUAUAUGAAAUCGAAACCUGAACUCCAACUUGGUCUCUACCUUGAUCAUGAUGUGGACGAAGUCAAAAAGAUUGAAGAGAUGCAAACAAAUCUAACAACCAAUCUACGUCCUAUUUUAGAUGAAACUGGUAGCUUCUAUCAAAUUGGCCCAGUUGAUUGUUGUCAGGAUAUAUUCAUACUAGCUGUCACCAUUGUUUAUGCAUCUAACCUUGCACUUUUGAUCCCUGCGGCCAUCCCUCUACCUGAUAAUUCCAGUGGAUACAGUUUUUAUUAUUCCUUAUUUGGAAAUAAUGUCUGCAGUGAGACCUUCACUGAUUUGAUCAACCCAAAAUUUGUGCCUGAGAGAGCAUCUGUGAAGAUCCGAAGCAAUCUAGAUGUUUUAUGUCUCUUCUUUGCAAACCAACCUGGCAUCCAGGUUCAUUUUUGUUGUGAGGAUAUAUCGUUUGGACAUUGUGAAGUACCUUUAAAUACUUUACUGAAACCAGGCAGCACUGAAAUCUUCAUGCGACCAGUUGUUUUAGAGGGUGAUUACACGCUUUUAACUCCAAAUAAAACAAAAGUCUCCACUGACUCACCUCCUGUGGUUGGUAUCUCAGUUGCACUCUGGAAAGAAGAAAUGAAAAAUGUGAAAGAAGUUAUAGACCAACAACAAACAGUUUCAGAAGCACCAAAAAAAUCAACAGAAAUCAAAUCUGAUGUAAACUAUUCUGAUACUUUUGAAGACAAAACCAGUUUGGAUCCAAGCAGUUUACAAGAAUCUCAAAAUACCAAAGAAACACAAAACCCGAAACCAGUUCUUGAUGCACAAACCACUUCAAAUACUCAAAUUUCUUCCAAAAAAGAUAAUUCACCAUCAUCAUUGUCAUCAACAUCAACAAUUGUAUCAUCAUCAGCAAAAGCAGUCCCAGCAAAAACAACAACAACAACAACAGAAGUUGAAAAGAACUCCAAGGGUAACAGCGAAAGUUCUUCCCAACCACAUGUUGUUAUUCCUGCUCAAUUCCACCAUUUCACAUUCUCAAUUGACCUCACCAGUAUUGCUGGCAAUCAGAUUACAAAUAUCAGACUGGUUUUCUUACGUUAUGUAUAUCCUUUCUUUGGAAGUGCUGCUCCAAUUCUUACUCACCCACCUGUAAAAAUAUCCAAAGGAACGGAAGUGUUUCUUCCACACUCCUUUUGUGCCUUCGAUUUUGCUUCCAUGACUGACCAGCUUCAUGAAACAUUUCUCAGUGUACCACUUUUUGUUGAAGUCUGGGAGAGAGAUCGGAACCUUUCGAAAGAUGUUUUGCUUGGAAUAUGUCGUUUGCCGUUAGCAAAAAUAUUGACUGCUGAGAAAACUAGGAUUGUUGAUUCAUCAAAUGGCAAUGGAUGGAGACAAGUGCACAAAGAUACCCUUGUAGUGUCUUCAGCUGAUGAGGGAAAACAGAAAAUAGCUACCCUUACUGUGGUUUUAACUCUAGAAGACUGGGGAGCCAUCCACGACCAACGCAUCAUAUUAAAUGACACAUCAUCUCAGGUCCACAGUGUACCUCAAGAGAAUUCUAAUACCAAUGCUAACAAACUCAAAAAUCCUGAGAAAGAUCUAAGAGAAACUAAGGAGUAUCAAGUUGCUAUGGAACUGGAAAUUUGGAAAGAAGCUCAGAAGCAGAAGUUUGAAAAUGAAUUGAAACAGAAAGAAAUUUCUUACAUGAGAGUUUUGGCUGAUGAAUGGAAGAAAAGAGACAGGGAGCGAGAAGUAGUUCUAAAGAAGAAGCUUUCAGAAUACAACCAAUUGGAAGAAACUUUGCAGAAAGCCUUAAAAGAUUUAGCUAAGAAAGAACAAGAAUUAACUGCCAAAGAAAAAGAGGUAGUCCAGCUGCGAAAUGAUCAGAAUCGAGAACAUGAACGUAAGUUGGCUGAAAUGAAAGAAGCUUCUCAAAGACUCCAAGAUGACUGUGAACAUCGCAUCCAGUUAGAAAGAGUGAAAACAUCAGAAUAUGAAGGAUUGGUCUCUAAAUACAAACAGGAGUUAUUGGAUGCUGAGAAGCGGUAUACAGCACUGAGUAAAGAGUUCAGCAUUUUCAAAGAACAAGAAAAUAGUAAACCUGAGGUCCGUCUGCAAUCCGAGAUUAAUAUUUUAACAGUUGAAAAAGUGGAGUUGGAGAAAAAACUUGAUAAUGCACUGAAAUCAAAAAUCCACUAUAAGCAGCAGUGGGGACGUGCAUUAAAAGAAGUUGCCCGCCUCAAGCAUCGUGAGCAAGUCACUGCCAAAGCCCAGCUUAAAAAACAGCAAGAUGAACUGGAGCAAAUAAAGUUACGAUAUUUGGCUAACGAGGAGAAAGAGAGCAUAAAGAGUGACAAACUAGAAUUAGAAGUGAUCAAGAAUGAGUUGAAUAAAAUACGUUUGGCUGAAGAACAAAAACAACAGCAGCCACAGCAGCAGCAGCAGCAACAACAGCAGCAGCAUUUAUUAAAUCAGCAACAUUCAUCUCAGGUGAUCAAGAACCAGAUGGGUCAGAACCCUCACUCUUACCACAACCCUAGCAAUGCCAGUCUGGAUGAGCAUGUAGCCAGACUUAUUGAAGAGAGAGAUAUUCUUCUUCGGACUGGGGUCUACACAUCUCAGGACAAGAUAAUAGCUGAACUUGACCAACAGAUAAAAGACAUUGUUGCUCUCAGAAAUACCUAGUCAACCUUUACAAUUACAUCAUCAUCAUUAUUAUCAUCAUCAUCAACAAUUCUUCAUUCUCUCCUUCUCCUCUUAGUUCCCUCCUAAUGUAUUCAGUCAUUCUUGUGGGAAUAAUCUCCCAUAGGUGCUCCAUGGCUUGCUGUUGGUUAGGGUUAGGGAUUGAGUUGACCUCCAUGAUUCUGUUUCCGGCAGUGUUUAUUGUGGCAACUAGCUUGUGUGUGGUGUCUCUACUGUAGAUAGAGAUAUAGUGUAAAGGUCACCCGUGGUUUUCAAAUCAAGCGUUCCAAUGUCUCUUUGUCGACAGUUCUGUUAUCAUCCGGUUAUAUUUUAUAUUAUUUCUGACAUUUAGUCCCAUUAUACACACACAGAAGCUCAGACAUAUGCUUGUACGCACACAUAUACACAGGCAGGCUCACCAGCACACACAUGCACAUUACUAUUUAAUGUGAAACAAAGAUAUACGUGAGGGAUACCCAACACACAGACAUCUUCAUAUAUUGUGAAGAAUAUAUUCACACUUAUAAAUACUUGUACAUAGACAUCUUCAUUUACCUUACACACACACAAUACCAUAUAUAAAUACACAGGCACACACGAAUAUGUUAUGUGUGUGUGUAUAUAUAUAUAUAUAU